ACCACUACAACUGCAGCACCUACUUCAACAACUACAACUGAAGCUCCUACGAUAACCACAACUGCAGCACCUGCUUCGACAACUACAAGUGAAGCUGCUACGACAACCACAACUUCAGCGCCUACAACGACAACUACAACGACAACUACAACACCUACUACGACAACUACAACACCAACUACGACAACCACAACACCUACUACAACAACCACAGCUGUAUCUCCUACGACAACAUCUGUAGCUCCUAUGACGACUACAACUGCAGCACCUACUUCAACAACCACUGCAGCUCUUACAACCACUACAUAUGCAGUUCCUACAACAACGACAACUGAAGCUCCUACGACAACCACAACGGCAGCUCUAACUACAACAUCUGUAGCUCCUACGUCCACUACAACAGCAGCACCUACUACAACAACUACAAAUGCAGCUCCUACGACAACCACAACUGCAGCUCCUACUACAACUUUAGAUCACACGACCAUUACAACAGAAGCACCCACUACGACCACUACAAAUGCAGCUCUUACGAGAACCGCAACUGAUACUCCUACUACAACUUUAGAUACUACGACCACUACAACAGCAGCACCUACAACGACAACUGUAGCUCCAACGACAACCACAACUGUAGCUCCAAGUACAACUGUAGCUCCUACCACCACAACUACACCGCAUACUUCGACAACCGUAGCACCUACGACCACAACUACACCACCUACUUCGACAACCGCUGCAUCUGCUAAAAUAACUACAACUGACGCUCCUACAACACCAUCUGUAGCUCUUACAACCACUACAACUUCAGCACCUACUUCAACAACUACAACUGAAGCUCCUACGAUAACCACAACUGCAGCACCUGCUACGACAACUACAACUGAAGCUGCUACGACAACCACAACUUCAGCGCCUACUACGACAACUACAACACCUACUACGACAACACCUACUACGACAACCACAACUGUAGCACCUACGACAACAUCUGUAGCUCCUAUGACCACUACAACUGCAGCACCUACUUCUACAACCACUGCAGCUCUUACAACCACUACAUCAGCAGCACCUACUUCGACAACUACAAAUGCAGUUCUUACAACAACGACAACUGAAGCUCGUACGACAAGCACAACUGCAGCUCCAACUACAACAUCUGUAGCUCCUACGACCACUACAAAAGCAGCACCUACUACAACAACUACAAAUGCAGCUCCUACGAUAACCACAACCUCCUAUGACCACUACAACUGUAGCACCUACUUCAACAACCACUGCAGCUCUUACAACCACUACAUCAGCAGCACCUACUUCGACAACUACAAAUGCAGUUCCUACAACAACGACAACUGA